AUGUGGAACGGGCUGGAGAGCGCGGCGACCGUGGCGCAGGUCGUCGGCCUCGACGUCGGCGGGCUCAUCUCCAUGAUCGGGCAGGCGGCGCGGACGGCUCGGCAGAACACCAAGGACUGCGAGCACCUAGCGCGCCGCGUCGGCAUGCUCGCCGAGCUGGUCCCGCGCCUGCAGGACCCGGAGGCCAGGCGGGCGCUGGCCGGGCUGGACGGCGCGCUCUUGGAGGCGCACCACCUCGUCAUGUCCUGCCAGAGGAAGGGGUUCACGUCCCAGCUCUUCUCGGCGUCCAGGAUGUCCGAAAGGUUCAGGGACGUCGACCGCAAGAUCGACACCUACCUCUCGAUCAUCCCUGUCAUCAGCUACAUCGGCAUAGCACGCCGCCUCGAUGGAAAUCCCAGCUCCCGUUCCCAAUCACUGCUGGAGGAGUCGGGACGAGCUGAGGAUCGGGAGUUCACGCUCGCCGAGAUCGUGGUGGCCACCAACAACUUCGCCGUCGUGCUCAGCGACGACGCCGAAUCUGGCACCAAGGUGUACAAGGGCAAGCUCCACAACGGGCCUGAGGUGGCCGUCAAGCGCCUCAACCGCACGCGGCGAGGAGCGGAGGACGCGUUCUUCAAGGAGCAGCAGAUCCUCUCGCCGCUCCGCCACGACCACAUCGUCUGCCUCCUGGGCACCUGCGCCGACGACGGCGAGCGCAUGCUGGUCACCCAGUACAUGCCCAACGGCUCGCUCUACGACCAACUGCAUGGCCGCAGUCACCUGUCAUCGUUGUCGCCGGUGACUGCGUCAUGGAAGACGCGCGUGCAGGUGCUGCUGGGCGCGGCGCGCGCCGUCGAGCACCUGCACCGCCACGCCAUGCCGCUCAUCAUCCACGGCAACGUCGCCUCCUCCAACAUCCUCCUGGACGCCGCUUGGGCGCCACGCCUGUCCGGCUUCGGCGCAUCGGUGUGGCAGGCGGCGGGCGUGACGUCACAGGCCGUGGAGGUCACCGCCGCCGCGUCGUACGGCGGGUACGCCGACCCAGAGUACUACAGCACGGGCCGCAUCAAGCCGGCCAGCGAUGUUUACGGCCUCGGGGUGGUGAUGCUUGAGGUCCUGACGGGGCAGCCCCCCGUGGUGAGUGUCUGGGACGAGGCGAAGCAGGACGUGGUGGCCAUGACCUUAGCGUCAUUCGCGCUGCCGACCAUCCAGGCCGGCAUGCUGGGGAACGUGCUCGACAGGCGUCCGGCGCCGCAGCCGACGACGUGGCAGCAGCUCCAGCCGCUGCAGCUGGUGGCCAACAUGGCGGCGCGAUGUCUGUGCUUGCAUGGGGAUAACCGCCCCGCCAUAUCAGAUGUCAUCGCCAACCUCGAGCAAGCACUCUGCCUCAUAUGA